AUGUCGAGAAGAUGGUUAGAAGGUUAAACGUGGAAUUUUUAGUAGUUAAUUUGAAAGAAGUUUAGAAUUUGUUUAAAUUUCGAAGUUGAGCUGUCUUCUGCCAUUUUGUGUCAUAACUUGGGUGUUUUGAUAAGGUUUUUAUAAAAAUUAUGAAAAAUAGUUUGAGCAUGGACUUUUUAUUCUAAUUUUGAUUAUCUGAUUACGUAUCGUCGAGAUUUAUUACCUAACUUUAUUAUUUUUGUUACCAGCCAUCUAAAACAAUAUCUUUUCCAGGAUGCCAUUAAGAUUGGAUGUUAAGCGCAAUUUGUUGGCACGAUCGGACCGUGUGAAGGCCACCGACCUCCAUCCGAAGGAGCCAUGGAUGCUGGCGGCGUUGUACAAUGGCAACGUGCACAUUUGGGACAUUAACACACAGAACUUGGUCAAGACCUUCGAGGUCUCGGACCUGCCGGUCAGGGCGGCCGUCUUCGUACCUCGCAAAAACUGGAUCAUCACAGGGUCGGACGACAUGAAAAUCCGGGUUUUCAACUACAAUACGUUGGAGAGAGUUCACGAGUUCGAGGCACAUUCCGAUUAUCUGAGAGCUUUGGCCGUUCACCCAACUCAGCCAUUCCUUUUGACGUCUAGUGAUGAUAUGUUGGUCAAAUUGUGGGAUUGGGACAACAAAUGGGUUCUGAAACAGACGUUUGAAGGUAAUUUUGAUUAGUUUUUUGUUGGUUUUUAGGUACUUUCAAAGUUUAUGAUUAGUUUUAUGUUACUCAUGAUAUCUGAUGAAUGGAGAAGAUUGAACUUGGUUUUUCGGACCAGAUCAGCUUAAAUUAAGAAGGAUGAUUAAAAUUUUGAGUAACAAAUUUUUUAGAGUAGUUAUUUUAAGCAAUUUUACUAAGUUUUAGUGAAAGAAUGAGGUAUUACGAGCUUUUGAAAUAGGUAUAGUAUCAAAUUUAAAAAGUCAGUGUGGGUAAGGUAAAACACGUUUUUUUGGAUCGAUUGGUUUAAAUUGACAAAAUAUGUUAUUAGUAUAGAUAAAAGAGAGUCUUAACUACACUUUUAUGUUAUUUUUGUAUUGGUAAAAGUAAAAAUAUACAAUUUCUGAGCUUUCGAAGUAGGUAUAGUGAGCUUUUUCUGACAAAUUGUUGAUUUCUGGACGUUUUUGAUCAUAACUUUUUUAAACAAGCAAUUAAAAAUUUGAAAUUAUGUGAGUGUAAAGACUGGUAUAUGUACUAAAUAAUUGUAAAAGGAACAUUUUAUGUUGUUGUCAGUUCAAAAGUUAUAGCUGUAUUAUUAUAUCCAUGUUUUUUUGAAGAAAUGAUUGAUGGCAAUUUUAUAAGUGACUAUAAUGUGGACGUUAGACGAGGUUUUAAAAUAUUUUUAAGUGGAUAAGGAGCUAAUAGUCUGAUGUGUUUGUUGACAAAAAUUUAUGUUUUACGUACUUGUUUAAAAAAGUUAUGAUUAAAAUAAGGUAACGUAACAAUGUUAAUCUUUUUUAAGUUUGAAGGUAAAAUACGGCUGUAUCAGUUGUUUGUUUUUAAAAUAAGGUAAUGUAUGUCAAUUUCACACGUAUUACUUUUGUAAGUUGGAAUGUAUUUUAAUGUUUCAGGUCACACCCAUUAUGUUAUGCAGUUGGUGAUCAAUCCAAAGGAUAACAACACGUUUGCUACAGCUUCUUUGGAUAAAACUAUCAAAGUUUGGCAGUUUGGAAGCCCGAUUCCGAAUUUCACUUUGGAAGGUCACGAGAAGGGGGUGGGUUAAUGAUUUUUUUUGAAAUUUUUAAAAAUUUAAAUUUUGAAAUUUGGUAUGAAAAUUAAAAAAUAUGUCAUUUUAUGAAGGAUUUUAUUAUAUAAUCUAACGUUUAGGUCAACUGCGUUGACUACUACCAUGGAGGUGAUAAGCCCUACCUGAUCUCUGGAGCUGAUGACCACAUGGUCAAGAUCUGGGACUACCAAAACAAGAACUGUGUUGCCACUUUGGAUGGUCAUACCCACAAUGUCUCGGCCGUCAGAUUCCAUCCAGAACUGCCAAUUAUUCUCACUGGGUCCGAAGACUCGACCGUCAAGAUAUGGAGGGCUAACACUUAUAGGUAUGGACUUUGAAGUCAUUUUUUAAUAUCUUAGUCUAAAGUUAAGAAAGAAAGCUUAUAGUAAAUGAAAGGUAAUGUAAUGUGAACAAUAUAAAAAUUAAAAAACAUCAAUUUAGACUAGAAACAACGAUGAGCUACGGCCUGGAACGAGUGUGGUGUAUAUCGGCGAUGAAGGGAUCGAACACGAUUGCCAUCGGCUACGACGAAGGCUCGGUAGCCAUCAAGUUGGGCCGCGAAGAGCCGGCAGUAUCCAUGGAUUCAUCUGGCAAAAUUCUCUGGGCCAAACAUUCCGAAAUUCAACAAGCUAACUUGAACACUGUCGAUCAGGCAUCUCUCGAAGAGGCUCAGGGUAAGAUUUUUCUCAUUCAUCCUACAUAGAGUUGUUUGAGCUGGAAAAGAAAGGAAAUGGAUUUUACGGAUGGUGAAGUGUAGAGAUGGGAUAUAUUUUGUGUUAGAAAGAGGUUUUAUUAAAGGUUUUUGGUCCGUUUUGACAGUUUCAUGGCGAGAAAGUAUAUUGUAGUAGGUGAAUGUUUGAAAAAAAGAUGUUUGGGCUUCUUAUGAAGUUUGUUUUAAGAAAAUGUUGAUGUAAGAUUAAUUUAAGUCUUAAAAUGAGAUUUGUUUCGCAUUUUCGAGCAAAAAAUUAUAUUGUAGUAGGUAUCGAUUUUGAGAAAAUUUUUUUUUCCAAUUUUAUAGAGUUUUUUUUACUUUAAUGGUAAUAUAAUUAUCUUUAAUUUAAUAAAGAGCUGUAUUUUUGACAAAAUUUAUAUUGUUUUAGGUAAAAACUGGUAUACCAUGGUAUAAGGCUUGUUUCAAAUUUUUUAAAGUUUUUUGACCUCAAGGUUAAUAUAAUGGCUGUUACUAAACUAAAACAACAUUUUUUAGAUGGAGAACGUCUCGCCUUAGCGGUGAAAGACAUGGGAGCUUGUGAAAUCUAUCCUCAAACAGUGGAACACAACUCGAAUGGUCGUUAUGUUGUGGUAUGUGGAGAUGGUGAAUAUAUCGUCUACACGGCUACAGCUCUCAGGAACAAGGCCUUUGGAUCAGGAUUGGAAUUUGUAUGGUCAAAUGACCCCAACAUGUAUGCGGUUAGGGAAACUGGCUCUACUAUCAAGAUUCACAAGCAGUUUAAGGUAAGGACUGGUAAUAUUAGGUGGUUCAAAUAGUUCUGUGCCUUUUAAUUUUGAAAUUUGCUUUGAGAGGGUACUUUUUUGCCCUUUUUGAUUAGACUUUUCAAAUAAUCCCAUUUUAGGAAGCCCAAACCCUUCGUCCAGAUAUUGUAGUAGACGGAAUAGAUGGUGGAAUCCUGUUGGCAGCCAGGUCGACCAGCUCUCUAUGCUUUUACGAUUGGGAGUCAGGCCAACUGAUUAGACGAAUCGAAAUCGCGGCCAAGAAAGUUUACUGGUCGGAGAAGGGCGAUCUUGUAGCCAUUGCUGGAGAAGGUCAAUUUUACAUCUUGAAGUUCAAUUCUGAAGCUUUGGUCAACCUGAAUCCGGACGAUCUGACCGAGGAUGGCAUUGAGGAUGCUUUUGAAGUUGUUGGUAAGGCUUUUUGGGGUGGCUUGGAGGUUUUAAAUUUGAUUUUUUUAAAAUUUUUAAAAAUUUUUAAAUUUUGAAAAAAAUUUAAUUUCUAAAAUUUAAAAUUUUGAAAAAAAUGAAAGUUGUUUUUGGCGAAUUUUUAGGUGAGCAAGCCGAAACCGUGAAAACUGCCUGUUGGAUCGGAGACUGCUUCAUCUUCACCACCUCGCUGAACCGCCUCAGUUACUAUGUUGGAGGUGAAAUCGUGACAAUUGCUCAUUUGGACAAGCCUAUUUAUUUGGUAGGUCUAGAACUUCAUUUUUUAGGCUUAGAAGUUUGAAAAUUUUGUUUACCUCUUGUUAGUUGAUAUAGAGUAGGCUUGUUUAUAUGAGAAAAAGCAAUGGUUUUAAAAGUUUUUGGGCUCAAAAUACAAUUUUUUAUAUUGUACAUAAUAUGCUUAAUAGGCCUUGCUUUGUAAGCUUGUUUUAAGGGCUUAUUGGGCUGUGUUUUUCCUUGUUUUAGAUGGAUUUUGGUAAAGAAAAGGGUAUUUUGGGUAUAUUUUGAUAUAUAAAAUCUUGUUUUAGGUAUAAAUUGAUGAAAAAUUGCUUGUUUUAAUGAAUAUUGUACUAUAACUUUUCUUUUUGUUAUCUAUAUUAUGAACUAACUUACCCAAUUUUAGCUGGGCUACUCAGCCAAAGACAGUCGAGUCUAUGCCUGUGACAAAGAACACAACAUCCUGUCGUACAAGCUUCUGUUGUCGGUCCUAGAGUACCAAACUCAUGUGAUGAGGAAGGACUUCCAAAGCGCCGAUGCCAUUCUCAAGACCAUACCAAAAGAUCAGCGGACUCGGGUGGCUCAGUUCUUGGAGAAACAGGUAAUAAAAGUGAUAUUGAUUGAUAAAAAACUUAAAAAUUGAAAUUAAAAUGGUAUUUUAGGUAUAGAAAAACGAAUUUUUAGGCUUUUUAGGUAUUAAAAUGCCAUUUUUGAGGGUUUUUAGGUAUAAAAAGGGCUUUUUAGUUACGAAUCGUUUUAAAAAUUGAAUUUUGUUACCUAAAUUAUACUAUUUUUUUAAAUUUUUUUUGGAAAAGCGUAUUUUGUUACCUAAAAUUCAUAUAUUUUUUUACAAAUUUCAGGGCUUUAAAAAGCAAGCUCUGGCCGUAAGCCAAGACCCCGAACAUCGUUUCGAGCUAGCCAUCUCUCUCGGCGACCUUAACAUUGCCUACGAACUGGCACAGUCAUCGGACAGCGAAGAAAAGUGGCGACAACUCGCCCAGGCCGCAACCCUAAAGAGCAACUUGUUGCUGGCAGGCGAAUGCCUCGGCCGUGCCAAAGACUACGGUGGCCUCCUCCUCCUAGCCUCAUGUGCUGGCUCACCUCAGCUCAUGGACAAGCUAUCGACCGACUCGAGAGCCUCAGGUCAACACAAUGUCUCCUUCUUGUCCUCACUCUUGUUGGGUGAUGUGGACAAGUGCCUGGACAUUCUGAUCGAGUCUGACAGGAUUUCUGAAGCAGCUUUGUUCGCUAGAACUUACUGUCCUUCUCAGGUGCCGAGGAUCAUAUCAUUGUGGAAGGAGAAGGCAUCACAACAUUAUGCUGGGGUUGGAAAGAAGGUGAGGGAAGGUUUGUGGGGUUUGGACGGGUUGUAGGGGGUGUUUUUAAGAUUUUUAAAGGAUUUUAAGGUUGGGGUUCAAAUUUUUUUGUAGUUUUAGCUGAUUUUUAUUGGUUUAGGGGGUGUUUUUAGGUUUUAAUAGUGUUUUACGGCGUGUUUUUUGAGUUUUUUAAGACAUUUUAGGGGGUGUUUUUGAUUUUUUUGCAAUUUUUGUGGAUUUUUUAAAGGAUUUUGAAGUUUUUUCGGGUUGAAAAGGCAAAAAAUUAAUUUUUUUCAUAAGUUUUUAAGUGAUUUUGACAAUUAUGAUUGAGCUUUUGCCAUUUUCUACCUGAUUUUUAACUUUCAUUGCCUUUUCAGAACAUUGGCGAAAGUCUGGCGGACCCAGUGAAGUACGAAAACCUGUUCCCCAACUACAGCGAAGCCGUAAAAGCCGAAUCCUACCUAAAAGAACUGAAAAAGGCACCAGUCAAGGCCACCUCAAGAGCAACAUUGAACUCGGAACGCGACCUGAUCGAGGAGAUGAGAGCGGCCGAACAACGCGGAGACUUUUCCUAUUCAGAAGACGGAUCUUCAUCACUUAAAGGAGUACAAUCGGCACCAGAUGUACCAGUAGCAGCAUCACCAUUGGUCUCGGCAGCUGUGGAUAUCAAGGAACUACCUCCACAACCAGUAAGAACCCCCAGUCCGGUCGAGGAACCACCUCAGAAGGCGGCCGUAGCUCAAGAAGUUGAAGUGGAAGAGGAUGAGGAAUCAGAAGAAGAGGUACCAAUUCAGGUAUGGUGGUUUUACUUGAUAGGGGUGGUUUAGAAAAGUUUCGUUGAAUGGCAUUUGGGUCCCGGCACGAAAACCUUGAUUUUUACUUAAAUGCGUUUUUUCAUGGUUAGAAACGUUUUGGAAUAGUCAUAUGGUUAUGUUAACAUAGAAUAAGGGAAAAUUUUGACUUUUAGUAAUUAUUUGGGUCCUGGCACGAAAACCUUGAUUUUCGUAAAAUUUGCCACUUUGUUAUUAUAUACGUUUUUCAAUGCUUAUAUGAAUAUAUAAACAUGAAAAACCUAAAAAAGUUUAAAAAUUCAAUUUUUAAAAAUUUUGGUUUUCAGCAACACGCCCCACCCCCAGCGGCGCCCUUAUCCGAAGCCAAAUCGUCGGAAGGCUGGUCGGACGAGGAGGAGUUCGCCGACACCAACGCCGGCGACGACAUUGACCUGGAUCAGCUGAGCCUAGGAGACGACCAUCAAGAUUAA